UUUAGUGACCUUAAAUUAAAAUUUAAAAACUGAUGUAUACUUUGAAGUCCAAACUUUUAACACAAGCUGAAAUAGAGGCUCAGCGUGGCUGCAGCUUGUUGCUAUGUCAGCUUAAUCACAUGCCGAUCAUGCAAUUUGGAGGUGCGGCACAUAGUGUUAAUAACGCUCACCAUCAUUCCACCUUCAGUGUUAAUCUUAAAUCUGUCUUAAUAAACUACACUGUCAUAUUCAAAACUAGGGUGGUACUCGGGGUGGCAAGAGAUCAUUUUAGGGUGGCACGUGCCAUCCCAUGCCACCCCUCUAGAUCUGCCCCUGGGAGAUCUUCAUCAACAGGAAAUGCUGUAAAACUUACGAAAAUACAGUUAAAAGGAAAAAAAAAUGCCCUCAAUAACAUCUUCCCUAGCCAUCCAACGGGCCAGAUUAGGGUCUUUUCUGGGCUAAUUCCAGCCCGGGCCAUGUGUUUGAAACCCCUGCACCAUAUAUAUAUAUGUGUGUGUGUGUGUAUAUAUGUAAAAAGUCUUCAAACAAAUGCAAAAGAUUCACACGAUCAAAACACCGAGACACAAAAGGGGCAGAAAACAUUGUAAUUGUUCAGUGUCUCCUUAAACUUUGGUUGUGUUGCUUUCACGCAGAACGGUACCCGGGGGUGGCCUUGUCCCAUGAUCUCUCUGUGAUCUGGUCCCUGAAAGCCGCGGGUGCUGUGUGCGCUUCGGGGGUGCAGCGGAGCAGUAGCAGAUCUCCGACGCUAGGGAGUGUAAAGAAUAAAGGAGGGCUUUAUGGAGGAUAGGCUCUGACGUAAGGGGCGUCGUAAUUUCCAGGAUUCUUUCGUUCAGAGAGUAGAGAAGAGAAAGCACGCCGCUCUGAGUCAAACCAAAAGACACGCCGUAGACUCCUCGUGGCUGAGGCCGGCCUGAGCAUCAGAGCGACCGGCACAUCAGACCGGCGACAGAGGGGGCAGAGGCGGAGUGAGGGAAAGCUUUGUGCGGCAGACAGAAGAGGAACCAGCUCAGCCAGCGAUGUCAGGGCUGAAGAAGAGAAACUCCAACUCGUCCGUGGACAGGGAGGAGGACAAGCAGGUCACUGAGAGGAUGCUGUCCCCGGGUAGCGGCGGUGAUAGGGGGGGCUUCGGUCAGGAUGGAGCACCGGGAAGCGACCUCAGCAGCCCCGGCAACGUCACAGCAGGAGACGGAGCAGAGGAAGGGGUCGCCCUCAAGAGGACCAUCACGCUGUUGAACGGCGUGGCCAUCAUCGUGGGCACCAUCAUCGGCUCGGGCAUCUUCGUCACGCCAACAGGCGUAGUGAGGGAAGCUGGCUCUGUGGGUCUGUCCCUCAUAGUGUGGGCGGUGUGCGGGGUCUUCUCCACAGUGGGCGCCCUCUGCUACGCGGAGCUGGGGACCACCAUCACCAAGUCCGGCGGCGACUAUGCCUACAUCUUGGAAGUGUACGGCUCCCUGCCGGCAUUCCUCAAACUCUGGAUCGAGCUGCUUAUCAUCCGGCCGUCCUCCCAGUAUAUCGUCGCCUACGUCUUCGCCACCUACCUCCUGAAGCCGCUGUUCCCCGUGUGCUUGGUGCCGGAGACCGGGGCCAAGCUAGUGGCCUGCCUCUGCAUCAUGUUGUUAACCUUUGUGAACUGCUACAGCGUGAAGGCGGCCACCAGAGUGCAGGACUUCUUCGCGGCAGCCAAGCUUCUAGCGCUCGCGCUCAUCAUAAUCAUCGGAUUUGUCAAGAUCGGACAAGGUGAUACAGCCGGACUUCUUCCAGAGAAUUCCUUCAAGGGGUCCAAAUAUGAGUUUGGAAGUAUUGGCCUGGCACUCUACAGUGGCCUGUUUGCUUACGGUGGCUGGAACUACUUGAAUUUUGUUACAGAGGAGAUGAUUGAACCUUACAAAAAUCUUCCUCGAGCCAUCAUCAUCUCCCUGCCGAUAGUGACAGCAGUGUAUGUUCUAACAAACUUGGCCUAUUUCACCACACUGUCCCCCGAUCAGAUGCUUAACUCAGAGGCUGUGGCUGUGGAUUUUGGUAACUACCACCUGGGUCCCAUGGCGUGGAUCAUCCCGGUGUUUGUAGGUCUGUCCUGCUUCGGAUCAGUCAAUGGCUCACUGUUCACAUCAUCCAGGUUAUUCUUUGUGGGUUCUCGGGAGGGUCACCUGCCCAGUCUGCUGUCAAUGAUCCACCCCACUCUGCUGACCCCACUCCCCUCACUUAUAUUCACUUGUUUAAUGACGCUGCUCUACGCCUUCUCCAACGACAUCUUCUCCGUCAUAAACUUCUUCAGCUUCUUCAACUGGCUCUGCAUCGCCAUGGCAAUCAUAGGAAUGAUGUGGCUCCGCUAUAAGAAGCCUGAGCUGGAUCGACCAAUAAAGGUGAACAUUCUGCUACCAGUGAGCUUUGUGCUAGCCUGCCUCUUCCUUAUCAUUGUCUCCUUCUGGAAGACUCCAGUCGAGUGCGCCAUUGGCUUCGGGAUCAUCGGCACCGGACUGCCCGUCUAUUUUAUUGGUGUGUGGUGGCAGACUAAACCCAAGUGGCUGGUAAAUGGAAUCCACUCGACCACAGCUCUGUGUCAGAAGUUGAUGGAAGUUGUGCCUCAGCAGUCCUAAAACCAAGUCGCCCUUUUACUUCAGCCAGAGGCCAAUCAGAUUGCAGCAGAUUGGGCUAAGACAUCAGAACUGAUGAUGUUUGAACUCCGUUAACGCUUUUCACACACACUCACUUUCACACGCACACACACACCUCUGAUGAAGAAGUCUGAAGUUUAACAGCCAUCAUCAUUCUUUUGGGGUUAUUUGACCCUUUUAGUGUCAAUAAUUUGUAGUUUCUUUUGUUUCUUUUCUUUUUAUAAAACAAGAACUGUUUUUGUUUUGUUUUUUUAAUUUUCACUAAUUGUUCUGUGAAUACAUCGAAUCUGCUGUCACCAGAAACCUGUUGUAUUUAGCAGUGCCUUUACGUUGCAGAUGAAGGUGAGCGUAGCUGUAGGUUUUGUUGGCGAUGAUGCAGAACCAGCUGUCAAAAUCCACAAAAAAAACAAACAACAACUUUUCCCUUCAAGACGUUGUUGUUGGAUAUCACUGAACAAUCCGUUUUGCUCCUGCAGUCUUUACAAUUUCAGUGUUGUGUUGUUGUCUGUGCUGCUGUGCGUUUGACAGUCAGCAUCUGUCUGCCUCUCACUGUUGGUUAUUUGACCUGGCAUGUUGUGCGUAUGUGCACAAAGCUGAACAGAGGCUGUGCUUUUUUCCUUUUUUAAAAAAAUAUUUAAAGACGAUCAGAGUGCUGACGUCCUCUCACAUGUAGGCCUGCUGCUGUGGUUUAAUAUCGGGUCAGCGGGCAGUAAAUUAAACCUAAUGUAUGUUUCGUUUGUCUGGCUAACCAAGGCCCGACUUAAAUUUCUGUCUGAGUGUAAAAAAAUGUGCAGUCUACUGAUUCCUCAUAGGACUUCUGUGUUUAAAGUGUGGUUAAGCUUGACAGAGGUGCACAUGGGAAAUAGUAUUUUCUGAAAAGUGGGUCAAAAUGUGCAACCUUUCUGCUGUUCUUUUUGUGUUUUUAUUUUUUAGGGGGUGGGGGGGUGUCACCGAUGUCAGUGAUGUUAACUUUGGGGAUCAAUAUGUUGGAUAACUGAGCCUGGCAAUGUUUCCGACUACACGCUGCAGUAAAGCCAUGUAACACUCACAGCACGAGGUUAGAGUGGAAAGACAGAAACAAUGCAGUUUUGUUUUGUUUGUUUUUUCUGUAGUGGACGUCUGUGUGUGUGUGUGUGUGUGUGUGUGUGUGUGUGUGUGUGUGUGAGAUUGUAUAACAUAGUUGUUUUUCUGGGCACAGACAGAUGAAGCUUAAACGCCCCCCUCUAAAUUAUUCCAUGCAAACUUUUCCCCUUUAUUUCAACAAUCCCAUUCCGUUUUGUAUUUUUGUGUUUUGGGACCGUUAAAGUGAAGUGACACAGGAGUUUCAGUCUAGUUAUACGCAGACUGUCAGAGAGGAAGUUUGGGGGUUUUUUUGUAAUGGGUCGGGAGGGUUCGUUGAAGGUCAGAUGGAGCACGUUUUCACAUCACAGUAUAACUGUUAGUUUUUCAUUUUUCAUCCUCGUCUUUUGUUUUUAUUUCACGCACAGUAAAAGCUAAAAACAGAAAACUAGAGCUGCAUUAUUAGUGUCCACCCCGCUCCUCCUGGAAAAAUGACCAAAAGUACAGGUUACCAUGGCAGCGAUGGAUCCAGGAGGAGUGAUGUGUAUGUUAUAGAGUUAGAGCCUUCUAACACUCCAGCCAUCGCUCAGAGCUGAUGGAGAAACUAACCUAAAUGCGACUGUAGGAACUUUAUUUAUUUGUAGCAAACCUUUGAUGUGUAUUAUUAGUCGCUCUAAUUUGUUUACAGGGCAUUUUGUGAAAAGUGCUUGUAAAAUAAAUCUUGAGGUUUUUUUCCA